AUGUCUGUUUUCACCUCGUCCAGUCAGGUCGUUCCAAAAGGUGUCGAUUCCGAGGUACAACAACGAGCAAACACCUCAUCGCAAACUGAUCUCAGGAACGGCUCGUCGAUCUUCACUCUUCGGCUGACCCCAAGUGCUCCGACGAUAACUCCAAAGAGCACCAAUACCGAUUCCCCCGCAUCGAACAAGGGGAGCUUGAGAUCUUCGAUGUUGGAAUGCCUCUCAUUCGAACUAUCAUCGUCAUCAGCUGCUUCCGACUGUGGAGACGACGAAGUCUUCUUCGAAAGUUUCAUAUCGGAUGAUGACACUUCUCAUAGAAUCGAUUAA